AUGCUAAGUGUCAGAUUGAGUGCUAAAACCAUUGGAACAAGAGCUUUUUCGGCCACCACCAGAGCCAUGAGAACAGAGAAGGAUGCCUUUGGAGACAUCCAAGUUGCUGACGACAAGUAUUGGGGAGCCCAGACCCAGAGAUCGUUGCAGAACUUCAAGAUCGGAGGUCCAAGAGAGAUCAUGCCUGCUCCAAUUGUGCAUGCUUUUGGAAUCUUGAAGAAAGCCGCUGCCACUGUCAACCAGGAGCUUGGUGUGUUGGACCCUAAAUUGGCUGACGCAAUCAAACAGGCUGCCACUGAGGUUGCCGAUGGAAAGCUUGUUGACCAUUUUCCAUUGGUUGUUUUCCAGACCGGUUCGGGAACCCAGUCCAACAUGAACGCCAACGAGGUGAUCAGUAACAGAGCCAUUGAGAUUCUGGGCGGAACUCUUGGCUCUAAAAAACCCGUUCAUCCUAACGAUCAUGUCAACAUGUCGCAGUCUUCGAACGACACUUUCCCAACAGUGAUGCACAUUGCCGCCGUCACCGAGAUCACCAACCAUUUGUUGCCGGAAAUGAAGGCCCUGAGAGACUCGUUGGACAAGAAGGCUGAGGAGUUUGCCGACAUCAUCAAGAUUGGAAGAACUCACUUGCAAGAUGCCACUCCAUUGACCCUUGGCCAGGAGUUUAGCGGAUACGUUGCUCAAUUAACCAAAGGUAUCGGUCGUGUUGAACAGAGUCUGGAGAACCUCAGAUUCCUCGCUCAAGGAGGAACCGCUGUCGGAACCGGAUUGAACACCAAGAAAGGUUUUGCUGAGAAAGUUGCUGCGGAGGUGUCCAAACUGACCGGAUUGCAGUUUCAAACCGCUCCAAACAAGUUCGAGGCCCUGGCUGCCCACGACGCCGUUGUCGAGGCCUCCGGAGCACUCAACACCGUGGCCACCUCGCUGUACAAGAUCGCCAACGAUAUCAGAUACCUUGGAUCUGGUCCUCGUUGCGGUUACGGCGAAUUGGCAUUGCCAGAAAACGAGCCAGGCUCGUCCAUUAUGCCAGGAAAAGUCAACCCUACCCAGAACGAGGCCAUGACCAUGGUUUGCACCCAGGUGUUUGGAAACCACGCCUGUAUCACCUUUGCUGGUGCUUCUGGACAAUUUGAGCUUAACGUGUUCAAGCCGGUGAUGAUCUCCAACCUUUUGUCGUCCGUUAGACUUUUGGCCGACGCUUCCUACUCAUUCAGAGUCCAUUGUGUUGACGGCAUUGUUGCCAACGAGAAGAGAAUCGGCCAAUUGUUGCACGAAUCUUUGAUGCUUGUCACUGCUUUGAACCCAAAGAUCGGUUACGACAACGCUUCCAAGACCGCCAAGAACGCCCACAAGAAGGGACUCACUUUGAAGCAAAGUGCUCUGGAGCUCGGAAUGCUCACCGAAGAGGAGUUCGACGAAUGGGUCAGACCGGAAAAGAUGAUCGGUCCUAAGGACUAA